GCAAAAUCAAAUAGGUUUUAGUAGUUAAAACGAUUUAUCAACAAACAGACUGAAAAUUUUUAAAUUAAUAAAUAUAUAAAAAUGUUUUAUUUUAAGUUAACUAUAACUCUGUUUUUAACCAUCUACCUUAUCAAUCCCUGCUUUAGUAAGACCGACGAUGAGGAAAUAAACUGUUCUAUACAAAGAAAAUGUUCAACAAAAGAAGAUAUUGUCUGGGCAUCAGAUGAGCAACAGUGUUAUCUAUUUAGAAACCCUUGUAUAUUUGCUAAUGAAAUGUGUUUGAGAAGAGCUAAAAAUAAAGAAGAAUACAAGGUCGUUACGGAGGAUGAAUGCAAAAAGCAUUGCCAUGAGAUGUGCACUGAGGAAUAUACUCCGGUUUGUGGGGAGUACGAUAAUGCCUAUAAGACUUUUUUCAAUGAAUGUGAUUUUUAUAGACACAGUUGCCAGAAGAAUGAAUCAUACAUUUUCUUACAUAUUGGUGAGUGUGAUCAAGCAGUAGCGGCCUAAACUUUUCAAACCUCAAUUACUGUAUUAAGUAUUAUUGCAUUUUCCAUAAAAUUCAUUGUAAAUAGUAUAUUCAAUUAAAUGUUGUGAUUAAAAACUACAAUAAAAAUGUAACGAACAAAUUAAAAAUAACCGUAAU